CCAUACAUUUGCGUUAUUACACAGUACCAGCCCCAGUCUCACACUUUUUUAUACAUGUCUAAAUAGUGUUUUUAGGCUGGUCAUUAUCUAGCACAUUGGUGCAAAUGAACCCCACCGCUACGUGUACUUAUACUAAUCGUUACUCAUCAACAUACGCUACGAUGACUUUCGCCGCAGUGCUUGGAUAAUUUAUGGCCAAAUAUACUUUUCUACAGUCAUUCAACAGUGGACUCCUUUGUUGUCACCGGCUAGCGCGGCUUCAAGAUUCCCAUCUGACUAAACAUUUACCUUUGCAGUGCUUUGUUGACUAACGUUAAUUUAUUUACGCACCGUAUGCCCCAUGAGUUAAGAUAUAUUUUUUAAUGCAAGUGAAAUUGUAUGGCAAUUUGCAGUCCCUUCUCCUCGACUUAUCAAUAUGCCUGCCGUGGGCAGUCAAAUGCUCAGCCAUGUCAAUUCGGAAUUAAUGCGCUAUAGCGAUUCCGAGAGUGGAGUGUAUGGCGAUCCGCAGAAUCUACGCAUGUCACUGAUGUCCACUUCCUCACUGUCCAAAUCCAGCGCGCAAGCCAUGAAAUUCGAUACAAAUGCCAAAGAAAAUCUGCGCCACAGCGAAGAUGGAGGCAGCGAGCCAGGUGGUCUAUUAGCCGCUCAACCGGACACGACGAGUGAUGACAAGAUGUCACUGCUGGAGAAAAUGGACAAAUCGGUAUCGAUUUGGUUUCGACCGGAAACUGACCGGCUGACGGCUGAGACGCUGUUGCGCAACGCUGAACUAGGAUCGUUUAUUGUACGCUACUCCAGUUUACCGCAGACAUUAGCAUUAUCUGUCACGAUUCCUAUUAGCAAUUCCAAAACAACCACAGUAUUAAACAGCUCAGGAAACCUGGAUCUUACAACUACGCAACAACCAAAUGAAGGAUCUACUACAAACCAAUUAGCUGCUAAAGUUCGCCAACGAGUGGAGCAUUAUCUGAUAGAAACCAGUGGCUCGCAACUGGCGCUUGAAGGCUCAGACCUCGUAUUUCCUUCGCUGGCUUUGUUGGUUCAUCAUUAUGCACAGAGCCGAAGUGAGUUACCGGUUAAUUUACGGCUACCAAAGGCAGUUGAGGAUGCGGAUAGUCACCAUCAACUGACUCGUAUCAUUCAAUCCAUGCCUUUCACAGACUUUUGGAAAUCUGCUUCCACCAGCAGAGCAGCAGUCAACAUUGACAUUGCGUCUACAGCAGUUGGCAGUCCUUCCAUGUUACUCGACUCGUCAUCGUCACCAGCCGUGUCCCACGCAGCUGCAGCCGCACCGCCGAUCACGGUACACUUCUCCAAUCGCCGUCUAACCAAAUCACGCUUAUCCCCCGAAUCAUCAUCGGGCAAUUUGCCCGCCACCGCCUCGCCCCGCACGACAUUAACCGUCCCUGCCGAUGCCUGUAAUAGUCGGCUGUCGAGUAAAAUAUCGGAUUACGAAGAUAUUUGGUCACUAGCCGGGACAAAAUCUCCCGAUUACGCUAUGUCCGAUCCGGACGGCGGCAGUCAUGAUCAUUCAUCCGUAGAAACAUCCUCCAACAGCGCCAAAGCCGUCGGUAUGGCCCUACGUGAUCUGGAUGCAUUGGGCGACUGGAUCGAAAGUGAACUGCAUGACCAGCGAUUACUCGGCGUCGACAGUAGCCAUUCGCAUUCACCGGCAGUAUCGUUGCAUGACUACCACAACGGUGAACCACUGCCGCCAGUUAAGGAGGAAUUCCGGGUUAUUCGACGCGGGAAACGCCGUUUCCCAGCAACGACCAAUGUAUCGCCCCGCAAUCGCUUCUCCGCACCGAAUCUGCCGGUGAAUGUGGAGGAUAUGGUGCCGGAGAAUAAUACUGACACCGGCGAGGAAGUGAUCAGUGAAUCCGUCUCGUACUCAUCCGUCCAUGACCUGAGUGAGGCGCAUGAACCGGUUGAUGCCGUAUUGCCGACGGCCAUUGAAUAUCCCGAUCAGCGCACGGAUUCUGACGAUUUUGUCACCUAUACACCGCCGCGCAAAUGUAUGCCAUCGCGCGAUCAAAACAUCAUCGAAUCGUUCCAGUCCAAAGUGACCGCACUGAAGCGGAUCGGUUCGAAAUUAUUAUCCAAGAAAAUCAGCCUAAAUGGCAUGACCAAUAACACUUUACCGAAGAGUUAUCCAAGCAAAGAGUCUCCGCAGUUACAAGAGAAAGUACUGGUGUUCCGCUCGAAAAAGGCCAGUUACGAUCAGUGCUGGCCAGUGGAUAAUGGCAACUGGAGUGUUAAUCGAGUCACGCCCACUACGACCUCGGAUGGCUCGAGUGCCAGUAGUACGCAUGCGGAUUACGCCGCGGCGCGCCAUCUCACCAUCCGCUCAUCCAAAAGUCCAUCGGGCACUUCGCCCAAACGCUCACGUACGUUCAGUGAAUUCAGCGAUUUAUCACGGGAUAUACAGCACGAUAUUUCUCUGGAGAGAAUUGUCAACUAUAUCACGAAAACGUGCCGUGCAGAUUUCACGCUCAGUUUACUAAUCGGUCAGUUUGUGCAGAAACUGGCACCCGCCCCGGUUGACAAUGUCGUCAUGGUAUUCAAUGACGUGAAGGUAUUUUGUGCAUCGGUGGAAAAGUAUAUUUUAACCCAGCAUCGCCAUGAUUUGGAAGAUUUUUCGCUGCGGGAUGUUAUGGGAGAAGUCGACGUGAAGAGAUUAAGUUUAGAUUUGUAUGUGAAUGCUGCUGUGCAGCGGUUGGUGGUGGAGCCACUCAGCGCGCAGCUGGUGUGGAAUAUCCAAGCGCAAUUAGGCGCAUCCGGUGAAUUGGCCCGGUUGGAAAAGGGCUGCCAGGUGCUGGACAGUCGGGAUUUAGCGGCGGAUGAUAUUGAGCCGGAGAUACUGUACUCUGUGAUAGACAAGCUUUCAGCUAUAGCGGCACAUUUCAGAAAUUUUGCCGAAGCGCAGAGUUUAUUGACGAAGGGAAAACAAUUAUUCACUGUGUUUUCGGAUGUAUUCGGCAUUGAGGCCAACCCGCUGGAUUGCAGUUUUACAGACGUGAUCACUGCCUUUGCUGUGGCCAUCACCAAAAGCAAAGCCUACAACAUUGAGAUUCAUCUGGAAUUCAUGUGGCAUCUACAACCGGUCGAAUUCAAGUCGGCAUCGUAUUUUCCGGUCCUUCUCGCUGCCAGCUGUGCUACGACGGUUUUAAAAUACCUCGCCACUGACAGCAAAUUACGCAUAGCGGACGCCGUGGCCAAAUGUCUGGUUCCGGCGCAGAUAACUGUGAUAGUGGCUCAUGAUGAGGAAUGCCCGGUGAUUAGUCAGACGUUACAGAUUCCCUUGGAUAAAAGGCUUUUAGCCAACCAUGUUGUGCAGCUUUUAACGGCCACUUCGGACCUUUCAUCAAAUGCCACUUCUUCUACACUUCAGAUAAAUGCGGGCCCUCUAGCCAUAAUUCAAAGCAAAGAGACGAUCCUAUUACCGGCUUUUGAUCGAUGGCGUGCACUUUUUCCAGAUUGUAUACUUACACUGCUUGUGCAAACAAAAGCAACCGGCGAUGAAUGACCUUUUUUCUCUGUGCAAACAGUUCGUCAGUUUUUGCUUAUUUAAGUGUUAACUGCGAGAAUUAUUUGUAUUUUUUGUUCGUGAAGCUGGUGUUGUGUUGCCUCAACGAUGACACGAGCACUGUAAAAAGUUACUUGAAUCAUCAAUGCAUUACUGGAAUAUUUAUGAGAUUUCUUUGUUGAUGAGGCUUUUUAAUAUUGUAUUACAGACGAUAAAUUAUUGUCGUACAUCAAACUGCCAAUGUGACAAAUUGAAUCUGCAAGUUGUAAAGACUA